UUUUGGGGUGCAGUGAAGAAAUACCUUCGUGAUAAUUGCGAUUACACGUUUGCGACGCUGAAGGAGAACAUGCCCAAGGCGCAAUUGCAUCUGUUCAGCGCAGUACAGUCCUGUGUAUGGGAACAUCGUAUGUACCAGUGGAUGGAGGCAUACCGGUCAGGUUUGGGCACAACAGAAGCUCAAAUCCACAAGACAUUCAGUUCUCGCGAGUAUAAGUCCCACAUACGUAUUCCAGACACUGUAGCACAUGCUCUCAAUGCAGUAUAA